UGGGAUUCGAAUCAAAUUGACAUCUUCUUAGUUAUUGCCGUGGACCACUUGCCCAGGAACCUUUGUCAUUUUUGGUGCCUAAACAUUUGUUGUUGUGGUCCGCGGUGCUACCAAAUAAUAGCCGCCCUUCUUGCUCAUUUAUAUAUAAUAUAGGCCAAGGAAAAAACUAUAAAAGCUUAAAGGGAAAUUGAGAAGUUUCUGGAGACAGCCUCCCUCCAAAAUAUCCUCCUUGUCCAAUCUUAACCAUUCAUCUUUAUCUCCAACCAUCCUUGUCUAAGAAUAAGAGCCGCCCCUUACAUUCUUUAUUAGGAACAUCAUUUAAUGAAUUUUUGAGCAUACAACUCUAUCACCCUUUCCCUAUAAAAAACCAUGAGCUGGUAUGAAUACAAACUUGCCGGGAGGCUGAGCUUAUGAUUUCUCUCUCUUUCUAAAGCUCGUGUUUGCCUGAUUAUAAUAUAUAUAUAUAUAUGUCUGCCACAAUAAACAUAUACAUAUAUUAGUAAGUAUACUUCUUGAGAGUUCUAACUCAGGGUGGAGUAACAGUAAUUCGUCCACAAGAUCAAGUUUUUAGUUGAAAUAGUCAGUAGAAGAUGGCAACAGAUGACAAUGUCGGAAUUGAUUUUUAUGCUGUAUUGGGAUUGCAGAAAGAAUGCACAGCAACAGAGCUCAAGCAUGCCUACAAGACACUUGCACUGAAAUGGCACCCAGAUCGUGUCUCAGCUUCCGGGAGUUCGAGGAAUGUAGAAGAGGCAAAGGGGAAAUUUCAAGCCAUUCAGCAAGCCUAUUCAGUUCUUUCAGAUGCCAACAAAAGGUUUCUGUAUGAUGUAGGAGUCUAUGACAGCAAUGAUGAUGACGACGAAAAUGGCAUGGGCGAAUUCUUGAAUGAAAUGGUAUCGAUGAUGAACCAAACUGAGUGUGAUGAAGGAGACAGCUUUGAAGAAUUGGAAGAAUUGUUUGAUCAAAUGCUUCGGGGUGACAUGGAGGCUAUGUUUGGUUCUUCUUGUUCUGCUGCACCUCCCACACCUUCAACCUCCAUGUCUUCUUGCAGCGAGACCUACACUGUUACCAACAAGAGGAACUCAUCUGAGAUGAGCCCCUGCAACCCGAGGGAUGAGUCUGUGCAAGGCUUCUGCUUUGGAGCAGUCGGAACAUAUGAGAAACAUUUAAAUGGUAGGAAGAAUACAAGGAAAGGGAGGAGGUAGCUUGUAGGAGACUGAUAGAUAUCAUCACCACUGGUUUAUUCAGUAAUUGUAUCACCAAUGAAUGCAAGACAAUGACCUCAUGGAUUAUAGCUUGAGAGCAUUAUAUCACCAGCUGAAGCUGAAUCAUUGAAGAGGAUAGGGACAAUGGUUGAGGCAUCCCGAGCACGGAGAGACUGUUGCAACUGUUGACUAUAUUUAACUGUGGCCAUGCCUCUUUCGUCUUCAGCUUUUGGUGUUGUCUGAAUCUGUAUUGUCUCACAGCCACAGGUAGUUUGGGCUGCCUGCUUGUUAUGUUUGUCUUGAAUUGGUGAUUUUAACCAAAAUGCCACUCUAUUGAAACUUUAAUUAGAACAUCUUUCAUCAUUGUAAAAACAUUUCAAUUAUGCAUUUAGUUUGCAAUUAAUAUUAUAAACACAUCUAAUCA